CUAAUUGGACACGGCGUCAGAGAUGGGCGGCCCUUUGCCCAGGCCCAUCUGAGGAGCAGCUUGCGCCGGACUCAUGGGUGCCCAAGCAAAGCUAGGAGCCUUCCGCCUCCCUCCUUUGCCCACGAUCGGGGAGAUCAUAAAACUUUUCGGACUCCGAGCCCAGAAACAGCUGUCCCAGAACUUCCUCCUGGACCUGAGGCUGACAGAUAAGAUUGUACGAAAGACUGGCAAUCUGAAAAAUGCUCAUGUUUAUGAAGUAGGCCCUGGGCCAGGUGGCAUCACGAGAUCCAUUCUUAAUGCUGAAGUAGCUAAUCUUCUUGUGGUUGAAAAGGACACUCGAUUUAUUCCUGGGUUACAGAUGCUAUCUGAUGCAGCACCUGGAAAACUGAGAAUUGUCCAUGGGGAUGUAUUAACGUUUAAAUUAGAAAAGGCUUUUCCAGAACACCUUCAAAGAAAGUGGGAAGAUGAUCCUCCAAGUGUGUAUAUUAUUGGCAACCUGCCUUUCAGUGUGUCUACUCCACUGAUUAUCAAAUGGCUUGAAAAUAUUUCUAAAAGAGAUGGACCUUUUAUUUAUGGUAGAACACAGAUGACCUUGACCUUUCAAAAGGAAGUGGCUGAGAGACUGACUGCCAAUACAGGAAGCAAACAACGAAGUCGACUUUCCAUCAUGGCCCAGUAUCUCUGCAAGGUUCAGCAUUCCUUUACGAUUCCAGGACGAGCUUUUGUUCCCAAACCAGAGGUAGAUGUGGGAGUGGUUCAUUUCACUCCUCUGGUGCAACCACUGAUAAAUCAGCCAUUUAAGCUUGUGGAAAAAGUUGUUCAGAGUACUUUUCAGUUCAGAAGGAAAUACUGCCAUCAUGGGAUUGGAAUCCUAUUCCCACAGGCUGACCGCUCAAAAAACACUGAAAAAAUGUUAAUGUUGGCUGAUGUGGACCCUACUUUACGGCCAGCCCAGCUCUCCAUCUUGCAUUUCAAGAACCUCUGUGAUGUCUACAGGAAAAUGUGUGAUGAAGACCCAAAUCUUUUCACCUACAAUUUCAGGGAUGAACUCAGGCAAAACAAAAGCAAAAAACGUGUAAAGGAUACAGAUGGUGAUAAUGAUUGAUUUAGAUUAUAUAUAACUAUUAUUUGGACUAUAAAUAAUGUGUAUAAUGUUUAAGUUCAUAAUGUCAAAUUUCAGAUGUGGAUUUUUUUUUCCAUUUACUCUGUUUGGGAUAGAGAUACUGCAUUACACAGAUUAUCUGAAGACUUAUUCAAAGUGAUAAUGUUUCAGGAAGAAGUGUUAAUAAAAAUACCAGUACCCAGAUGUGACUUAUUUUUCUUUUACUGUACAGGUUGAUAGAGAAAAUAAAUACAAUCAA